CGGGCUGGGCUGCUCGGGUGGGGUGCGGGGAAGUGCGGGAUUCCGGCCCCCGUCCCGAGGUCGGGGUACCUGAGGUGUCCGUGAGAGCCGUCGGAGGCGUUGCGGAUGCCAGGAGGAGCUGCCGGGCCCGAGGAGGGUUUGUCACGCAGAAGCUGUGGCUCUUGCACGCGAGAUGAAGUUGUGUUUGUAAAUGUUUCCAUGUCCACAAGCUUUCCCGGUUACCGGAGCCUCUCCAAUGCAGAGGCACAGCCGAACUGGUCCUUCUGGGUCAGUCGUGUGCGUGUGUGUGUGUUUCUGCUUACUUUAUGGUUUUAAUCCCUCUUUAGCUAAUUUAGUGCAAGGCUUGAACUCCACGGACCCCGCUGUCAGGGAGAAAGCUUUUGCUGAAACAGAGAAAAGGCUCCACGAGCAGGAAACCGAACAGGAGAAAGCCAGCGAGACCACAGCGAACAGAACAGUCAUCAGCACGGGAGGUCCUGACACGGUGAAUGCAGAGGCAGGCAGUGCAGAUGGCUUUCUGGCGCUUCUGGAAAAGGAUGCGAAGGAACGAGCUCAGCGAAGGAAGAGAAACGAACGCUCAGCAAACGCUCUGAAAGAGAAAGGAAACGAUGCUUUCAGGAAAGGAGACUAUGUCACAGCCAUUCAGAGAUACACUGAAGGUCUGGAAAGGCUGAAAGACAAGCAGGAGCUUUACACAAACAGAGCACAGGCCUACCUGAAGAUGCAUGAGUAUGAAAAAGCCAUUGGUGACUGUGAAUGGGCAUUAAAGUGCAAUGAAAAAUGUAUCAAAGCCUAUUUUCUAAUGGGAAAAGCUCAGCUGGGACUCAAGCACUACACUGAGUCCAGGCAGUGUUAUGAGAAGAUCUUACAAAUUGAUCCCCUAAAGGAAAGGCUAUUUAAAGAUUGUAUGAAUGAGGUAAACUUGGAGGAGAAAAGGAUGAAAGAUGAAGAGAGAGCAAUGAAGGAAGUUCAGUCUGGAAAGCUUGCUGCUCUGUCCAUAAAAGAACUGCUACAGAAACUUGAGAGGCCUGACCAGAAUAUCCUCUACUAUACAGGAGGGAUCAGACUUUUGACAGGAGCUGUGAAAGACCGCACUGGGCAAACUUUAUUUAGAACAAACAAUGGAUUCAGUAUCCUCAAAGACAACGAGACUGUGAGACGGGGCUUCUGUGCAGAGAGAAAAAACACUGCUGAAGUGGAUCUGUCUGUUUGUCUUCUCUUCCUUUGGCAAGCUGUCUGCGCCGGGAAUGAAGAAAAUCAGCGUCUUCUCUUGUGUCACCCCGACGUGAGGACACAGCUGCCAAAGCUGCUUUCAUCUGCUGUCCUGGAGAUCCAACAGGAGACACUGGCGCUAAUCUCUCUCUACUCAGAGAAUGAGAAUGGAAGGAGACUGCUGGUCGGGCACCAGGACCUAACCAAGUGGCUGCAGAUUUUGAUGACAUUUGUCAACAACAGUGAUGGGAGGGCUAGCAGUGCCAUGAGCAUACUGUCUGACUUAGCUGAAGAGGAAAGGUUCAAAGCCCAGUGUCGUGUCGUGCUUUCCACGAGUGUUUUACCUGUGUUCAUCCAGUUGUUGACCUCUGCCAAGCUGGUGAACCAGGCAGCCCUUGCCCGUUGCAUUGGCAUCAUGGGGAACCUGUGUGCAGAUGGAGUCAUUCGAACGCAGAUGGCUGAGUGCAAAGAGUGCUGGAGAGCAUGCCUGAAGCUUGUGGAUGAAUGCCUUGAUGACAGCACACCCAAAUACCAGGCGUGUGUGUUUGCAGUCCUGGGCCUGAUGAUGAACUUGCUGCUUGAAUCAAAUGGGAUCAUCCAGGACUUUGCUGUGGACAUAAGUGGCAGGUGCAUGUUCCUCCUCAGGAACAAGGAUGGAAGUAUUGUGACAAGAGCCACUGGAGUGCUGAGUCGCAUCCUGUCAGCAUCCUCCGCGGCGGUGGAAGAGGCGACGAAAGGAGGGGUGGUGAAGAAAAUGAUCAAGUUCUUAAAAGCUGGAGGACCAAUCACAUCUAGUUACAGCAUAAAGACUCUGUCCAUCUGCACCAGGAGCAGUAGACAAGCCCAAGAAGAUCUAGUGAAGUCAGAUCCAGGGUUCAGUGUGCUGCUGAAGCUCUUGGACUCGGAGAACGAAAUGAUUGUGGGAAAUGCUGCUUUCUGCCUUGGCCAGUGCCUUGUAGUUCCUGGAGCAGCAGCGUCCUUACUGAACUCCAAUGUUGUGAUGCUGUUGUUGAAACAUGCUGGUGGUGAUGCUACAAGAACUUCUGUGCAGGAGAAUGCAGCAAUUGCUCUGGGGAAGCUUUGUGUUGCAGAACCAAGGCAUAUGUUUCAGCUGCGGAAGCUGAACGGAUUAGCCAUCCUGAACUCCUCUGUGAAAUACUUACAGACCGUCUGAGCCCCCAGGAGCUUCACAACACGCUGUUAGUGGCACUUGCUGCUGAGUAUCUCCCUCGCUAAAACUAACUUGAAGCACACCAACUUUUCAGUCCCUUUUCCAAGUGCUUGCUGGUCCUCCACAGAAGCCAGUGGCACAAAACAGAACUGUCAGGAGGAAGAAGUCAAUUUAUUAUCCAGGCUAACAACUAAAAUAACGAUUUGCAACGAGCUUGUCUUUGCUUUAAUAAGUGAUGUUGACCUUCCUUAUUGAUGAGUUUCUUGCUGGUUAACUGUUGAACGAUGGCUUUUCUAGUUUGCUUUGCAGUUUGGGUCUGGUACCCAGUGUAUUGGAAGAAAAUAGAAAUAAAUUGUGAGUUUUAA